AUGUCCACCGGUCUUCUCCCAGCGCCUUCAGGCGUAACACCAAACUUCAGCCCAUGGGCUCUAUCAGAGACCCAGAUUGCUUCUAUCAUUGCAUAUACGAUUACUCUUGCCAUUGCAAGUGGUACACUUAGCAUCAGGUUAUACACGCGAAUUAGUAUUAUGAAAUCUUUUGGAUAUGUUCCAUUGCAUAUUUUGCUACUCUGGCAGGCCAUUUUCAACAUCCUUACUGAUGCUGCUAUACUUACUCUUCCCGUGUAUAUGUUGAAUCAAUUGCAGUUGCCAUUGAGACAGAAGUUGGCUAUUGGGUCGAUUUUUUCCACGGGGAUUUUAUCCGUAGAAAUCAACAUCGGCAUCCUCUGCAACACGCUCGUCGUACUCCGGCCCUUCAUCCGACAAUAUUUCCCCGGUGUCUUCUCCUCUCAUAUAAUUUCUGACGACCAUCCUCAUCAACAUAAUCGCAUGCCCGACCCCGAAGCCAACCUCAAAUCCGGACAGAGGAGAAUUAAGAAAUUGAAGAAAGGCGAUCCCUUGUAUCUUUCGACUUUGGGCUCGGGGAUGGAUGGGGUGGAUGGAAUUGGAAUGGAUGGGGUGGAUGGAGUUGGAAUAGAUAGAAUAGAUAAACAAACAGGCAUACUGCGGGAGUAUGAAGUAGAAGUAGAGAGUUGUGGGGGCGAUGGGGUUAGUGAUGAAGUUAAUGAUAGCGAUGGUGGGAGAGUGAUGGAAGGAGAAAUAAGACGAGAACAAGAUACAGAGAGUACGGAAGAUAUGAUUGAGCGAGUGGGAAAAUCUAGGGGGUUGCGAGUGGUAGAUGAUGAUAAAGUUUUGGAUAAUUGGUGGGGGGUUGAGUUGAAGACUUCCUCGCAAGAAUUGUAUCGUCUGGGGAGAAGUCGGGAGGUUGAUCUUGCUUUUGCAGAUUGCGGAUGGGUGUUGUGA